AUGCUGCUCAGAUUACUCCUCUUCCCCCUGUUGGUGGUGGGAAUAGGUACCGAGGUCGCCCAGGGAGACUACAAUUAUGCUGUUGGGCUGGCUAUGCGAGAUUACUUCUACUAUACUCAUGAAACGUCAUAUUUCCAGACCUCAGAAGCGUCGGUGUUCGCAUCGAUAGCCAGUCAGUACGACGAAAACAUGUUCUUCGACCAUCAGUUGGCCACGUCCAUGAUCGAUUAUGCCACAUCGAUGUUGUCCGAGCUGCCUUCCUCCGACCAACAAUACGUUCUAUCUAGGGCUACUGGGUAUUAUACAAGAUUCACAUCGAUCGACCAGAACGUCAACACUCUUUUGGAGUUUCCAAGCACAACACCAACACAAACACAAUGGGACACAGAAAUCAUCAUUCCCGCAAACCAAUCCGCUACAUACCAAACUUACUACAAGCUCGCCCGGUGCAACGCUUUAUGUUACGAUAUUGCCACUUAUGGCCGCGAAUACAACCAGAUGGCCAUCACUAACCCUGGAUUUGCAUCGAGUUUGAACAACGUGGUCAGUGCAUACUCCACGGAAUCGGAUGUUUUGAGAAUCAAUCUGGAAUGUGACAGUUUGUUGGCAUAUCUGAGUCAGAUCCCGUGGAGCGGGAGAAUCCUACAAGGGGCCAAGAGCUCGUACUUGAUUCUGCAGAUGAACUACAACACUCCUACACCGGAUCCGGACUACAUGACUGUGACAUACUACCAGCCGUGGGUGUACAUUUCCACUUCCGCAACUGUGGCUACCACUACCACCAUAGGACCCUCGGAAGCGGCAUCUGCCUCGGUUCCGACGGACACGGGCUCAUACAUCACGACGACCACGACAUUGACUUCGCGGUCCGUGAAUACCGAGACCCCGCUGGCGUCGAUGACCAGCACGCCGGACUCGGUUGUCAACAAGACAGAUACCAUGACAAUCGAAUACAACGGACAGAACAUCUUCUCUGCGGUGAUCGAGGGGCUGUUGAUUGAUUAUAGAAACCAUACAGACGAUUAUAUCUCGCUGAUCACGAGUAACAGCAAUCUGCAAAUUGUUCAAAAUUACACAAGCAUGAUCGAGGACUACAAGACCAGGACGUCGCAGCCGGAUCUGGACGAGUACGAGUCAAUCGUCAAGAUCAUCUACACGUUUGCCAACAUCAUUCCGUGGCGGUCUCGGAUCUGGGAUGGAAUGGGAUGGUGGUACACCAACCAGAUGCUGUCGCAGAAUGAAAAGACGCACUCCUUUUCUCAGGGUGCAGGACAAUUCUUCACCCAACUGUACAACCCGCAACUAACGGGACAACUGGACGCUCGACUCACCUCGGUGCCGGCGCUUAAAACGGACGCAGGUAUCGGGUUUGAAGAUUCGUGA